GGAUAGUGUUUGAGUGGGCAGAGAAAGAGAUAUAGCUUUGAGAAUAUACACCACAUCAAUUCAAGAGAUCUCCAUGAUUGAGCCUUCCUUCUUCUUCAUUUUCUUAGUAUACGUAAGAGAGCAAAAAUGGAAUCUGAGGGAGGAGUGUUGUUACCAUUGUUUCACGAGCAUCCUAUGAUGCCUUGGAAUGAUCAUAUGAGGAAAGGUGAUUGUUGUGAAUGCUUUGAACCUCAGAGUGAUGAUGGAUACUAUUGUAAACGCUGUGAUUUCUUCGUGCACAAGAAAUGUGGGGACGAGAUCUCUGAAUUCAUCAGCGACCACCCAUCUCACCCUGAUCACACUCUCCGGCUUCAAGAAAAACGAGGUACCAACGUAUGUGAUAUAUGUGAAAGGAAAAUCCAGAAUCUAUGCUAUAGUUGUGAGGUGUGUGACUUCGACAUGGAUCUACACUGUGCCAAGUACCCACCACCACAUGUUAUUGAAAAUUUCGAGAAGCAUCCCCACAAGCUCACACUUGUCAAGGAACAGACCGUGUUCAACUGUUCUGCUAAAUGCGAGAAGACUUCUGAAUUUUCGUACAAAUGUGAAGAAUGCGAUGUAGUCUUUCAUGUGGAAUGUGUAUGGCACCCAGAAGCAGUGGAGCACUUAAUAGAGGUAAACCACAUUCAUCACUCCUUGCAUCCUCUUAAGUUCCUUACAGGUGAUCCACCAAACUAUUCCGAUGGGAAAUGUCGUCAUUGCGGAAGAAAGGUUCAUAAAGAAUUGUUUUAUCAUUGUUCUUCUUGUAAUUUCACAUUGGAUUGGCGUUGUGUUGUGAAUCCGCCACCACAGUCUCUUGUGGAUUUGAAAGCGCAUGACCACCAACUCACCCUCCUUCCAAGGCUCGAUUCUUUUACUUGUAAUGCUUGCGGGUUGGAUGGAGUUCGAAGCCGUUAUGCAUGCUUUCAUUGUGGUUUCAUGAUCCAUCGAGAAUGUCUUUACCUUCCACGUGUCAUUAACAUCAAUCGCCAUGAUCACCGUGUUGCUCGCACUACCGUUCUUGGUGAGGGUGCUAUUAAUUCUGUUUGCGGGGUUUGUCGCAAGAAGGUGGAUUGGACUUAUGGCGGGUUUUCUUGUCACAAGUGUCCUCCUGGCUAUGUCGUUCAUUCUAAAUGCGCCACCAGUUUUGAUGUUUGGAACGAGAAAGAGCUUGAAGGAGUACCCGAAGAAGAAGAGGACAUAGAGCCAUAUGUGGUGAUUGAUGAAAACACAAUACAACACUUCAGCCACAAAGAGCAUUACCUAAGAAGAAUUCAUGGGAAUGAUGGUAUUCUGUAUGAGGAGAACAAACGAUGCAGCGCAUGCACUAAUCCCAUCGGUCUCCAAUCCUUUUAUGGCUGUUUGGAUUGUGAUUUUUAUCUCCAUCAGAACUGUGCUGGAUGUCCUAAAAUGAAACGGCAUGUGCUAUGCAAUGAGCGGCUCAUUUUACUUAUUAACGAGGAGCUAGAACACUUCAAUUGUUAUGCUUGCGGUAAGGGGUCCAAUGGUUUCAUGUACAAGCAUGGGAGAGUGAAGUUGGAUGUCUUGUGCGGUUCAAUUUCGGAGCCAUUCGUCCAUCCAAGUCAUCCCCACCAUCCCUUGUAUAACAUUCCAACAGAAGAAAAGGAAAUAUGCAAUGGUUGCAAGAUAGAGGGGCGACAUGUCCUCAAGUGCAUUGAAGUUGAUUGUGGAUUUGUAUUGUGCUUCAAAUGCGCCACUCUACCACAAGUGGUAAAGAACAGGGUAGAAGAUCAUCCUCUCUCACUAUGCUAUGGCGAAGAAGAAGAAGAGGCAAGUGGUAAAUACUGGUGUGACAUUUGCGAGAAAGAAACCAAUCCAAAGGAAUGGUUCUACACAUGUAAAGAUCACAUGGCUAGUUUGCAUACAAAGUGUGUGCUCGGAGAUACUGCGGGGCUCAUGCCAAGAAGCAAAGCAAAGAUGUGGAGCGGAUCGUAUGAGGUGGUGCUCAAUAAUAGUGUUACUCGACCAUUUUGCUGCUAUUGUGAGUCUCGUUGCAUGUACCCUAUCUACCUCAAGUUCCUUGGAACCUCGGAGACAUACUUUUGCUCUACUAAGUGUGCUCUCUUCCUUUUUUUCAUACAGUCUAUGGAGAGGAAUCCCGAAGGGAACAUAGAUGACAUGUUGCAGAAAUCGAUGGAUUGAGAGAAGUGGUUAUGAAGCCGUUACAACAAACUUUCGAAGAAGAAGAGGGAAACACGUGGAACGUUCUAAUUAGCUUCGCCCUGGAUUCUGUUACAAGUUGUUUUCGUUUAAAUACAGAAAAUGUAGAAUUCAUUCAGAACACUCUUUGUAAACUCUUUCUAAGAUCUGGACUUUUAUCUCUUUGAAUAUAUCAGUUCAUUGUUGUGGGAA